AUGUCAUCUCAUAACUCAAUACCAGAAGACCAGCAACUUUCACCACACAGCAUUGCUACUGAUUCAAAUAAUAAAACCACAAAAUAUUUACUCAUUGAAGAAUUGCUAACUCAGAUAAACUGUAAUGAAUAUUUGAACAAGUUUAUUGAGUUUGGAAUUAUUGACAAAGAACAAUUUGGCUUGUUGGAUAAAGACAUACUCAAGGUAAUGGGGAUUAAACCUAUUGGCGAUAGAAUACGAAUUUUAACCAAAUCCAAAGAAUUAUCAGCUGAUACAACUAUUUCAGAUAAAAUAAGAGAAAUAACAAAGAAAAUAAACGCCUUAAACAUAGCGGAAUCACUUAGUGUAACUGAAGAAUUGGUUACAGACAAGCAUACUGUAAUUUUUAUUCUAAAUGAUGGCUCAGCUAAAAAAGUUAACGUAAAUGGCUGUUUUAACGCCGAUUCUAUAAAAUGGAAGUUAAUUAAAAGGUUAUCUCCACCACCAGAGGGCAGCAGGAAAAAUUCCGAUGCAUACGAUGUUUUUGUAGUUGAUUAUAACAAAAACGUUUUACAUUUAUUAUAUGAUGUCGAACUAGUAACUAUUUGCCAUUCAAGUGAUCGUGUAGAAAAGAAUAGAUUAAUAUUUGUUUCUAAAGAUCAAACACCAAGCGAUGAAGCUAUUGCUACCUCCAAGAAAAUAUUUUUCAAAACUUUGAGCGUUUUCCAUCACCAUUCAGCUAGAGAUAAUGAUAAUACAAUAAUGAAAAUUGAGAAUAAAAAUCAACAAUUUAGAAAAAUUUUCAAUCAAAGGCCUCCAAGCGAACUAAUUUCCACCAACUUGAAGGAAUAUUUCCCCCAUACAGAUGUUAAAAAUUUAAGAAAAACUGUAAGAAAUUCAAUUUUUCAGUCGGCAAGAAUCAGUACUUACAAUACACCUAUGGCAAAAUCAUUUGAAAAUAACAUUGGCGGUGUCAUUUUGAAUAAUUCAAAUGCUGUGGAUAAGGCUUUGCUAGAGGAUCAUAGAGACCCAACCAGUGCCAUAGCUGGCAAUUCGAAUGACUUAACAUCGCUAGAUGGUCGACAAAGUAUAUGUCCUUCGCUGACAGGUGCUUUUGACGAUGACGAUGACAACGCAAGUGUUAUUUCACUACCUAAUAAAAUGGCUACUCCAAAAUCAUGGUUGAAGGGAGCUAGAAUUGGUUCAGGGAGUUUUGGUACUGUCUGUAUUGGAAUGAAUGCAGAAACCGGCGAAUUAAUGGCUGUUAAACAGGUGGAGAUACCUAAAGUUAUGUUACAAAUUGGUGAAGUUUCAAAUGAUGAAAGUGGUGGUAGUGAGACAGUUAAUGAUGACAAUGCCGAAAAUAAACCCGCAGAUAAAACCAAGACAGCGAAAUCAAGUUUUAGUAACAAAAUGGUUGAAGCUUUACAGCAUGAAAUGAAUUUGUUAAAAGAUCUACACCAUGAAAAUAUUGUUUCAUAUUAUGGUUCGUCUGAGGAAAACAACACACUAAAUAUUUUUUUGGAAUAUGUACCUGGUGGUUCAGUUUCCUCAAUGUUAAACAGUUACGGUCCAUUUGAACCGCCUUUAAUUAAAAAUUUUACUAGACAAAUAUUAAUUGGAAUUUCGUAUUUGCAUCGAAAAAAUAUUAUACAUAGAGACAUCAAGGGUGCUAAUAUCCUAAUUGACAUUAAAGGAUGUGUUAAGAUUACUGAUUUUGGUAUCUCAAAAAAGUUAUCGCCACUUAAUAAAGAUUCCAAAGCCAAUAAACGUGCAUCGUUACAGGGCUCCGUAUAUUGGAUGGCUCCAGAAGUUGUAAAACAAAUUGCCACCACCUCCAAGGCGGAUAUAUGGUCUGUUGGAUGUGUGGUGAUAGAAAUGUUUACAGGUAAACAUCCAUUCCCAGAUUUUUCUCAGAUGCAAGCUAUAUUCAAAAUAGGAACUAAUACAAUACCUCAAAUACCUUCCUGGGCUGAUGCUGAAGCAGAGCAGUUCUUGAUGCAAACUUUUAAAUUAGAUUAUAAAAAACGUCCCAAUAGUAUUCAAUUGCUAUCACAUCCUUGGUUAAGUACCAAUAACAUAUAA